AUGGAAUUUCCCAGAAGCCAAGCUGAGCCUUCGGGCCCCGUCAUCACAUAUCGCGAAGCUCGAGAAGAUGAAAAAGAUGCCAUCGACGCCCUCGAUGACUCAUAUACGACCACGUCAAUCUACAAGGUCGACAUCAGUCCUGAUGGUUUUGGAUUUAGUAUUCGUCGCGAAACCAUUGAGACUCCCAUCACCCGGAAUUAUUCGGACGAGGAGAGCGACAGCGAUAGUGACAGCGACAGCAACUAUAGUCCCCGCAAGAAGGAGUCAGAAUCCAGCCCGUCCAAUGCAUACACCAUCGUCGCUACAAUCAACGAGGAUCAAAUCUGCGGCGUGAUCGAUUUGAUAUAUCGAGCGUGGAAUCGUCGACUGGUCAUCACGGAUAUCAUUGUGGCGCCAGAACGCCGCGGCAAUGGUAUCGGGAAGAAGUUGAUGAGCAUGGCUCUGGACUGGGGGCGUGAAGUGCACGGCGCCAAACAUGCGUGGUUGGAAGUGUCGAAUCUGAAUUCUCCAGCAAUCGAGUCGUAUCAGGGGAUGGGUUUCACGUUUUGCGGGCUUGAUUUGACACUCCAAAGGGGCCAAAAUGAAGUACAUCAGGUCUUAUAUUCCUAG